AAGUCGUGACCAAACGAUCGUUUAAAUCCUAACCCAAAAGAUAACCUUCUCAGUUGGAGCUUGUAAGUCAACCGAGUAUACCGCACAUUGCGUGGUCACCAGUGUCUUUGCAAUGUCAGACUUACUGCUUCUUGUUCUGGUCGGGUUUCUUGUCACCGCUGAGGUGUCUGGUCACGGGCGUUUAAUCGAUCCUCCUUCCCGGAAUAGCGCGUGGAGAUACGGGUUCAAAACGCCAACCAACACCAACGACCAUGGACUGUUUUGCGGAGGCUCCAGGAGACAAUGGGUAACAAAUGGCGGGAAAUGUGGCAUCUGUGGUGACCCGUAUGACGGACCACGUGAUCAUGAAGCGGGCGGUCCCUACGCAACCGGCACCAUCGUGCGCACCUACCAAUCAGAAGACGUCAUCGAUAUAGCUGUGGAGUUGACUGCGGCUCAUCUGGGAUAUUUCGAGUUCAGGAUUUGCCCUCAUAAUGAUCCCAACACACCUGCAAGCCAGGAAUGUUUGGAUAAACACGUAUUGAGGAGAGCAGACGACAGUGGUGUGCGGUUCCCUAUCACAGGUGGCGCCAGUGUCUACAAGAUGAAGUACAAGCUGCCGUCUGGCAUGGUGUGUUCUCAGUGCGUUAUGCAGUGGAAAUACCAUACAGGUAAUAGCUGGGGCACUGACCCAGAUACUGGUCGUGCUUGUACUGGCUGUGGUCCACAGGAAGAGUUUAUUAACUGCGCAGACGUUGCCAUAGUCGCUGAUGACAGCGGGUCAUCUACAGGCAACUUGUCCACCAGCGCGGUGCCAUCUACUACCGCAUCUUCUACCGUAGAGCCCUCUACCACAACUACAACUACACCCUCAAGAACUACAGUGUCCAAUACAAUCCCUACCACUACCACUGCAACGACUACUCUUCCCACUGAAAAACCGACUGCCACCCCAAAACCGACAACAGUUGAACCUACUACUACUUUCUCAACUACCACAACUACGGAGGAACCGACUAUCACUGAAAAACCAACUACGACAGUGGAACCUACUACUCCAUCAACGACCACCACUACCACGGAGAAACCGACUACCACGCAAGAACCAACAACAACCAUGAAGCCAACUACUCCAUCUACAACUACCACUACCACGGAGAAACCGACUACCACGCAAGAACCAACAACAACCAUGAAACCAACUACUCCAUCUACGACCACCACUACCACGGAGAAACCGACUACCACCGUAAAACCAACAGCAGCAAAAGUAACUACUCCCGAACCAACGACAACCAAGCGACCUGCCAAGCCCAAUAAAGGGCGCUUGGUGUGUGAGUGGGUGGGUCCUCAGGCUAUACGCUUCGGCAUGAAGACUUGGUGCAGGAACAACUGUAUGGCAGGCUACUGUCCUCCCACUCAUUGUAAAUGUACUCGCCAGUAGACUGACCACAUUAAAGACAUCCUGAAGUUUAGAGCACUGACUUUACCCUGCUUGCCCUAAGGUAAUAAUGGGUAUGUGUACUAUGCAAAAAACCUUGAAAAAACAGGGUGUUUUGGUAACGGCUCUGCACAUGUUACGAAUACAUAUAAACCAUUGAUUUUGAUGGUGUUUUCUAAAAAAUGCCUCGUUGGUGGUUUGAAUAAAAUGAGAUUGCCAAGCAUC